AUGACGUCGAUGGAGGUGAUUCUCGGUGAAGGCGCAUAUCCGACUCCAUCGAUUGUCGCCAAUUCACCGGAGGUUUUGCUGACCAGAAUUAAAGUUGGGCCGAAGCCCGAUCAAACUGGGUCUGAUGGUGGUGGCGGUGGUGUUGCUGGGUCGUCUUCUUCUGUCAAAUCGGACUCUAGGGCUGUGUCCAAAUGUGAAGCAAACAUUCAAUUGGCGGAGGAAUGCAAAGUGUCGCUGUCGAGUGUAGCUGGGAUGUCUUUUGCUGGUGGUUCUGCAGCUGGGUCUGUUCCACAGUGGCCUAUGGAUGAGUUUAUGGGAUUCACUUAUUUCGAUCAGAGCAUUGGGUACAUGGAUAAUGGAUCGUCUAAGGCUAACUGCGGUAAACUUGGGGAUUCUGAUUCAUCUAUUUUAAGAUCAUCUGAGGCAAUAGAAGUGUGUUAA